AUGUUGAAUUCAAAGUGUUGUUUAUCUUUCUCAGUUCGGAUUCAUUACACCAGAAAAUAUAUUUUCGGAACCACCACCUCCACCACAACAGCAUCAACUAUUCAUGAUCCAUGGUUACUACAACAAAUGAACAAACAUCAUGAUGGUUCAUGGAUAUCCUCACAACAAAGAAAUUAUGCAUCAAGUUUUCAUCAGGAUCAUGUCAUUGAGAGUAGUUCUUCUCUCCGAAAUUAUUUAACCAAUGUUGAAUAUUUGCGGCAACAUCUCAAACACAAUCAAAAUGACUCAACAACACUUUCUCAGAAAGCGAAACACGAACAAAAUAUUGCACUUUUAUUGAAUCAGUUCACGACUCGAUGGAAUGAUGUAACGUUGCGUUCAGAACUUGCAUUAAUUCGGAGGAAAUUAGUGAAUUUUCAACAAAGUUUUUUAAAGAAUAAUCGAACGAUUCUCUCCACUUCCAAUAUCAAACAAGCUCUUCAAGGAAGUCAAUAUUAUUUAGCACACCCACAUGAAAGAAAAACUGUACUUCAGGAACGACAACAGUUUAUUAAUCAAGUGAAUAACAUGUUUAAGGAAGCAAUACAACGAUUUUUUGAUGAACCAUCGAACCAAAAACCCACCACAAGAAACGACAUUACAUUGGAUGUUCAUCUUUUUAACAUGUUUUUAGACAUUUUUGUGAGAUUACGUUCGACUGAACACGUUUGGGAAUUGGAAAAAAGCAUGGAACAGCACGAUAUUAAGCCCAAUUUAACAACUCUCAUCUUUUUAACAGACGCCUGUCGAAUUGAAAACAAGGUUGAGAAAGCUGUGCACUAUUACCGAUUGGCUGUCACGAGAUGGAGUGACACAAUUUCUUUGGACACUUCAUACUGGAAUCAUUUCUUGUCAGCUCUAGCCCUUGUUGGAACUGAUAGUAUGAACAAAGAUACCUCCAAUGCUGCACUCAGUGUUGUGUCUCAGGACAAUGCUUUAUUGGCCAAAUAUUUCUCAAUCAUGAUUGACUCAGGUUUUGAACCGGAUGAAGAUACUUUUCGCUUUGUGAUACUUGGUUCAAGAAAUAUUCAGGUCAUGAUGGAUACUCUUGAUGUUAUGGAAAAUCAGUAUGGACUCUAUUAUUUGAAAUGUUAUGAAUCAAUUUCCAUGUUUUUGGCAAAAAAUCACUUUGAUCCAACCAUUGCAAGUAAUCUCUUCCAGAGACUCCUCAAAAAUAGAAAACGAUUCAAAGACAGUCGAAGUCACUCGUCAUUUGCUUUGGAUCAAUCCACUGCAAAGACUAUUGGCUAUGCUGAAGAUGUAUCUCCAACAGAACAAGCAUUAGAAUAUCAACAUGGCUUAAAAUUGGAGCUUACAAGUGUGUUUGAACACUUGAUUCAUGCAUAUAUCCCACCCCAUUCUAAUUUAACAACACAAUUGAAUCUCGACAUGAUUCUCACCAUUUAUGACCAUGCGGUAACGGUAGAACAGUUAAAACCAACGACACACAUGAUGGAAGAUUUAAUUGAUGCCUAUUGUAGAGUUGGAAACAUGAAAGAAGCAUGGAUUGUUUUGAGGAGAAUGAAAGAAAUUAAGUUAUUCAAAAACAAUUCGAUUCGAAUACAUUGGAAGAUGUUGACAGCCUACAAAUUUCAAAACGAUUUGAAAGGAGCAUCUACUGUGAUGAAAGAUGCUCUAGAAAGUAGGGUAAAACUGAACGAGGCUAUCAUUAGACUUUAUUUUGAAAUGUUCAAAAAAAGAGCUGAAAUGGAACCACUCGUUAUUUUCUGUUCGUUAAUUGAUGCAGGUUUUGUGAACAUUAAUCAACAUCAAGAUCUUCUUCCUAUCAUACGUUCUAUUUAUGAUAAUUUAAAGAACAAGUUUGGACUAAUGAAUGACCAACAUUUAGGAAAUUUCGAAGAAAAUGAUCAUAGUGACUUAUCCAAGUUCCAAAAAAUAUCAGAGUUAUUGAGAGAAAGAGGAUUACGAUUGAGAUGGUCUCUCAAUCUCAAUAAAUAA